CGCGCGCACGCGCACUUGCAUGGGUCGGCUCCCGCGCACGCGCAGUGAGAACUCGCGGCAACUAUGGCGGGCCCAGCGCCGGGUACGAUUAUGGCUGAAGACUACUUCGGGAACGCGCCGGAGUGGGGCGAAGAGGCGGAAGGCGGCCAGCAGCAGGAAGACGACUCCGGGGGAGAGGAUGACGCUGAGGUGCAGCAGGAAUGUCUGCAUAAAUUCUCCACCCGGGACUACAUCAUGGAGCCCUCCAUCUUCAACACUCUGAAGAGGUAUUUCCAGGCAGGAGGCUCUCCAGAAAAUGUCAUCCAGCUCCUGUCUGAGAACUAUACAGCCGUGGCGCAGACUGUGAACCUGCUGGCUGAGUGGCUCAUCCAGACAGGUGUUGAGCCAGUGCAGGUGCAGGAGACUGUGGAAAACCACCUGAAGAGUUUGCUGAUCAAGCACUUUGACCCUCGGAAAGCAGAUUCUAUUUUCACCGAAGAAGGAGAGACCCCAGCGUGGCUUGAGCAGAUGAUCGCACAUACCACGUGGAGAGAUCUGUUCUAUAAGCUGGCUGAAGCCCAUCCUGACUGUCUGAUGCUCAACUUCACUGUGAAGCUCAUUUCUGAUGCGGGGUACCAAGGGGAGAUCACCAGCGUGUCCACAGCCUGCCAGCAGUUGGAAGUGUUCUCCAGAGUGCUCCGGACCUCUCUAGCCACCAUCUUGGAUGGAGGAGAGGAAAACCUUGAGAAAAAUCUUCCUGAGUUUGCAAAAAUGGUGUGCCAUGGGGAGCACACAUACCUGUUUGCACAGGCCAUGAUGUCCGUGCUGGCCCAGGAGGAGCAGGGUGGCUCAGCAGUGCGCAGGGUCGCUCAGGAAGUCCAGCGCUUCGCCCAGGAGAAAGGCCACGACGCCAGUCAGAUCACCCUGGCUUUGGGCACAGCUGCCUCCUACCCUCGGGCCUGCCAAGCUCUCGGCGCCAUGCUGUCCAGGGGAGCACUGAACCCUGCAGACAUCACGGUCUUGUUCAAGAUGUUCACCAGCAUGGACCCGCCUCCUGUGGAACUUAUCCGGGUGCCUGCCUUCCUAGACCUGUUCAUGCAGUCGCUGUUCAAGCCGGGGGCCAAGAUCAACCAGGACCACAAGCACAAGUACAUCCACAUCCUGGCCUAUGCCGCUAGUGUGGUGGAGGCCUGGAAGAAGAACAAGCGGGUUAGCAUUGGCAAAGAUGAGCUGAAGUCCACGUCGAAGGCUGUGGAAACUGUCCACAAUCUGUGUUGUAAUGAGAACAAAGGGGCCUCGGAGCUGGUAGCCGAGCUGAGCACACUCUAUCAGUGCAUUAGGUUCCCGGUGGUGGCAAUGGGUGUCCUGAAGUGGGUAGAUUGGACCGUGUCCGAACCGAGGUACUUCCAGCUGCAGACUGACCACACACCAGUUCACCUGGCCUUGCUGGAUGAGAUCAGCACCUGCCACCAGCUCCUGCACCCCCAGGUUCUGCAGCUGCUCAUUAAGCUUUUUGAGACCGAACACUCCCAGCUAGACGUGAUGGAGCAGCUUGAGUUGAAAAAGACCCUGCUGGACAGGAUGGUCCACCUGCUGAGCCGUGGUUAUGUGCUGCCUGUGGUCAGUUACAUCCGCAAGUGUCUGGAGAAGCUGGACACCGACAUCUCCCUCAUCCGCUACUUCGUCACUGAGGUUUUGGAUGUCAUCGCCCCACCGUACACCUCAGACUUUGUGCAGCUGUUCCUCCCCAUCUUGGAAAACGACAGCAUUGCGGGCACCAUCAAAUCAGAGGGCGAGCACGACCCUGUGACAGAAUUCAUUGCGCACUGCAAGUCUAACUUCAUCGUGGUGAACUGAGAGCAGCCAGAGCCGAAGCAGAACCUGCUGGGCCCAGUUCAGGACUAGAGGACUGGUUUCAGGAAGCUGCUUGUGAAGAGGCCAAACCAGCCUCCCAGAAGGAAGCAGGGUCUGCUGGGAGGGAGCGGACAGCUCUUCUAAAAGGACUGUGUUUGCAGUGCCCAGGAGAAGCUGCUGUGGUGGACAGCCCCGAUUGUUGUGUGAACCCUGCACCACAUGUCACAUGCAGGAGUCAGGUGUAAGCACCUCUGAGGAGGCACCCAGUAGGCCUCGGGGUAGUGAGGAUGAAUCACUUCUAGGGUUUAUGUGAGUUUUCUACCAGUGACCCAGGUGGUUGGUUGUCUUACUGUUUAAACUUGCCUAGAGUAACGAUGGGCUGGGCGGUGUGUGUCCACACGCGCUAUUCCCGUGUAAAUAAAGUGCACAGACUCAGA